UCUUCGUACCCCAAGACUAUUUUUUUCACGCGAUCUUUCGUCAGUAGUUGAAAUAUCCGCCGAACGGAUGUGUUUGUGGUGCAGACCGCGUUGAUGCAAAUUACUAGGUCUUAGCAUACCAAAGGCAAUUUUUUUUUUUUUUGCGGCCGUAACAGUUGCGGCUAUUUGAUAGCUUUUUCGAAUCAAGUUUCAUUCAUUCGUGGAGCGGAAGAGGCUCUCAUUUCCGACCACAUACGGCAAUCUGCUGAAAGGGGUUGUCAGUUGUUGGAUCGUCGAGUACCGGCUAUCUGAACAAACCGCUUUAGCUGAUGGGUGGUAUUAGUAUAAUUCCACUGGGACUAAAGUUUUCUGGCGGUUGUUAGAGUGAACGCAAAACCCGUGACAGCAACUGGGAUAGUGAUGGUUCCCCUGCGACAUCAAGCUGGCAAUCGUACAUAAAGUCAACCAACUCUAGAGUUAUGAUUGUUUAAAAAACUAAAUAGACUUCUUGGACUAGGGGAGAGACUAAUUUGAGGAUGGCAUCCGUGCAAGUUGCGGUUCGCGCUCGCCCGCUAAACAAAAGGGAGAUGGAUAUGAAAUCUAAGUGUAUUCUUAAGAUGAAUGGAAGAAAAACAACAAUCUUCAACACCAAACUAUAUGGAGAGGCUGGGAUUGAGAGCGACAAAGCUAAGGAGAUGUCUAAAGAAUUUUUGUACGAUUAUUCAUACUGGUCUGUCAAUCGCAAUGAUCCACACUACACAAACCAGGACACGGUGUUUGACGACCUUGGCAUGGGUGUUCUACAAGCUGCAUAUGAAGGGUAUAACACAUGCAUGUUUGCAUACGGGCAGACUAGUGCUGGCAAGACCUAUACAAUGAUGGGGACUAAUGAUGAAGUGGGACUUAUUCCAAGAAUUUGCAAGGGUUUGUUUAGCUACAUAGCUGAUAACACCUCGGAUAGCACAUCAUUCAGAACUGAAGUCAGCUACAUGGAGAUCUAUAAUGAACAAGUGCGAGAUUUGUUGAGACCACCCAACUUGCGUAGAGUGCGCCAACAACAACUCAAGGUGCGGGAGCACCCCAAGCAGGGACCUUAUGUAGAAGGUCUUACCAAACAACACGUGUCUGACUAUGACUCCAUUGAAGUACUCAUCGAACAAGGCAACAGACUCAGGGCAACUGCAGCGACCAAGAUGAACGAGAUGAGCAGUCGGUCUCACGCAAUCUUCACCCUCAAGUUCACACAGGCACGUUUUUUUGCGGAUCUACCAUCGGAGACAAUUAGCAAGAUUCACUUAGUUGAUUUGGCAGGAAGUGAGCGUGCUAGCGCUAGUGGGGCGACGGGGACCCGACUGAAGGAAGGGAGUAACAUCAACAAAUCUCUGGUCACCCUUGGCAUCGUCAUCUCCACCUUAGCUGAGAAUUCACUCAACUCGUACGAGCACACGAAAAAGCUAGCGUACCGGAAGAAGCUGUUUGUUCCGUACCGCGACUCCGUGCUAACAUUCCUACUAAAGGACAGUCUGGGCGGGAAUUCUAAGACCAUCAUGAUAGCAGCUGUCUCACCAGCAGAAUGCAACUAUGGAGAGACCUUAAGUACCCUUCGGUACGCCCAGCGAGCCAAGAACAUCAUCAACAAGCCGACGGUUAACGAGGAUCCGAAUGUUAAGCUGAUCCGGGAGUUGAGAUACGAGAUUGAAAGACUGAAGAACAUGCUCCAGGAAAACAGUGGCAGCCAAGUACACGGCGCGGACACUACCCAAGCGACGCUAAAGCUGCACGAAAAAGAGGCCAAGGUGGAGCAGCUAACGAAGGACUGGACCGAGCGCUGGAAAGAGGCCAAGAGGAUAAUGCAGGAGAGUCAACUGGCUCUAAGUCGCCAGGGAUCGUGUGUUCUUACUGUGGAUCUAGAGUUACCUCAUCUUGUGCGGCUCGAGGAAGAUCCGCUGAGAACUGAGAUCAUGCUCUACAGGCUCAUGCACGGCAAGACAAGGCUUGGUCGAGAGGACGCUUCCAUUACUCAGGAUAUUAUCUUGAGUGGCGAGGAGAUUCAAAGCCAGCAUUGCGUCAUGGACUUCACCAAAGGAAGAGUCACAGUUGAUCCUCUGGCCUCCCUCUGUUGGGUUAACGGUGUCGCUAUCGUCCAGCCGACCAAGCUUAACCAGGGGGACGUUCUGGUACUGGGUAAGAGCAAUGUAUUCAAGUUCAACUUCCCAUCGGAGGCGGCCAAGUUGCGGGAGCAGAGGAAAUCAGGGAUAUUCAGCUCGGAAUCCGUGGAAUCGCUGUCACACUUGAGCCAGAUACGUGGUAGCCAUGGCGACCUGAGUACUAGAUCAGACGUGUCGUCUCCCUUCACCUUGGACUCAGGGGUGGAGCUUGAGGUCGAAGGAGUCGACGAGUUAAAGAAUAACGUCAGUCAACUAAUCGCCAAGCACAAGGAAGCUGAAGUGCGUCGAAUGGAAGUGGAGCGGAAUUACCGCGACGAGAUAGACACCAAGCAGCGGGAAAUUGAGGCGAUGAAAGAACAGAUGCAGCAGAUCCGCCAGACUCAUGAGGAAAAUGCGGAAAACGUGAGGAACGACUUACAGGGAGUGCAGCAAUGCAUGGUGAAGCGAAACGAGCAGGAGAAUAAGCAUAUUGACGGGCAGAUAGAGGGCUUGUUUGAGAUAAGAGAUGAUGUGUCUUCUACGACAGAGGAAGAAAAAGAAACAUUCCGUGCAUUUAUGGAGGAUGAAUGGCGUAAAAUCGAACAGUAUGAGAUGAAACUGGCCGACAUCGAACUCCAAAAACGUAAAAUAAUGGAGAAAGCUGAGGUAGACAUUCAUCGACAGCGAGAGCUACUCUCAUGGGAGAAAGACCAGGAGAUUAGGGAUCUUGAGGAACAGCAGGAUAAGCUCAUUGAGUUACAAGGACAACUGACCUCUUCGUACUCCCUCACUGAGAAGGAAUACCACAACAUGAAGCCUGUCAUGGAGAAAACCAUCAAGAAAGAAAAAGAAGAACUCGAACAUAUUGAGAGAAAGAUUCGCUCUCUUGAACGUAAGCAGCUUUCCUAUUUGAAGAAGGAAGAUAUUGAGUUAGCCGGCGAGGAGCGAGAUUUCUAUGAGGAGAAAAGUAAGAGUAGGAAUAGUUCUGGCUGUAGCAAGGACGAUUCGGGAAUAGGGCUAAAGAAUGUUGAGUUGUCGUUUGAUGAGAAAGAAGUUUCUAGCAGUCUAGAUAGCUGCGAAGUCGAGAGAGCCUCCGAAGAGUCUGUUAGUCCACCAAGUCGAAAGCUCAGCCAGCUGGAUAGCGAGAUUGAUAGAUUAAUCAUCCUUAGAAACGAAAAGACCAAGUCCAUAAACGAUAGCCAACUAGCGCUAAUGGAAAAACAAAAUAACGUAGAUUUUUACAAGGAAAAAAUUCUGAAAACAGAGAGUAAGUUAACUGAGCUCGAGAGAGAGCAAAAGGAAACAGAAACAAAUCAUCUCUUCAAGUUAGACUCCUAUUUAGAGUCCCUUCGGGAAGAAGAACACUCGAUUAUCGCCGGAUACGAUUCAGAAAGAGAUAAAUAUAUUAACUUCCUUUGGGACGAAUAUGAACAGAUUGAGACACGACUCAACGAAGCCCUUCAUUUGACUCCGGAUUCUGAGGAGAGCGGGUCCGCGAAGGAGCAGGAGUUGAGCUCUCGUGGCAAAGACGUGCUAGAGAUAUUGAGGAGAAAGUUGGACCGUGUUAGUUCGGAUGAGAAUGAGUUGUUCCUUGAUUAUCUCGCUAAGCGCGCGAAGCUCGAGCGAGAUGAAGAACGUGUGUUGGAGCAGGAGAGGAAGAUAUCGGAGGAGGCGCUGGGGUCACAGAAGGAAAAGGAACUAGCCAUUCAAAAGCUGACAGCCGUGCGGGACCGUUUUCACGUGGAACGAGAGCGCGAAAGGAAACUGAUCAAGUCGCGACUCAGGCGCAUAAACCGCAUGAAGGGAACCACUGACCUUCAGAACGAGGAAGCGGUUGAGUACCUCAAAGAAGAGACGAGCAAGCUGCAGGAAGCGUGUGAGAAGGUGGAGGAGAUUGAGACAAGGCUCUUGGCCGAAACUCGUGAAAAGGAAGUCCUACUGCUACAACUAGACGAGGUUCGAUCCAACUUGUUAACGAGCGAGGAGGAGCGCGAUGAAAUGCUGACCAAACUUAGGGAGAUAGAGCAGGAUAAAGCGGAGAAAGAACAGCGCAUCAAGGAGCUCAAGAAAAUCGUACAGGAAGAGAAGAAUAAAUACCUAGAAAACUUAACGACGGAAGAGUAUGAAGUUGUUCAAAAACCCCUUGUUAAUCGUCUUCAUAUCCGAUACCGGGUUAUUGGAAACCACGCCGCUGCUGAGCUCAUGAGAGAGGCGUUCCUUGCGUCCUCGGUACCCGAGAUCGUUCAUAUGUUCCCAGAUACGGGACCUCCCACGCCCAAAGAUUCCAACCACGGGGGCUGGACCUUUCAGCAUGUUCAAAAGGAAGUAGCAAUUUUACGGAAGAGAGAAGAGCUCCCAACUGGAUUCAUAUACUGCUUCAUGGGAAGAGGGAUAAUUGAGACGUCACCUCGCACCGUCUGGGAAGCCGUGCGUAAUCCUUUGUCGCGAUACAUCUAUGACAACAUGCUCAAGAAAAUCAGCAUCGUUGAACACGUGGAGGAAGGUCUUAAAGUUGUGUACAUGCUACAUGAAACCACACAGUGCUUCUUGACUCACUCGCGAGACUUCUGUUACGUGUCCAAGGAACGAGUCGAGGGCAAUAAAUUCGUUCUUGCGUCCCAGUCCAUUGACCACGAAAGGUCGCCACCAGUACCCGGUAUCAUCCGGGCGCAGAUUAUGUCGAGUGGGUGGAUUGUAGAGCCGAUAGAGAUCAACGGUCGGGAAUGCUCUAUGGUCUGGUACAUCACAAAGGUUCACCUGGGGAACACCUCAUUGCCAUGGCGACUGAUUGACGUACUCUCCAAGCGUCAACCGCUGAGUAUAGCAUAUCUCAGGAGCUACAUAGCACCCUAGUCCAUCAUCCCUUGCAUAGACUCGCCCUCCCUUGCAUAGACUCGCCCUAUCCAUGAUGCUUUGCUUUGAUGCCUUUUUCUUUACGGCAGUCAAAAGAAGAGUCUUGAAUUAUUGCAAAAACAUAUAUUAAUGUGGAUUGUUUAAUACCCUGUGUUGUGAGUAGUCCCAUAUAUGGAGUCACGCACCACGCGACUCACUACUGUUACUAUGUAAGCUUGCCAUGUGAGUUAUUAAAAAAGUUGUUGCUUGUUUAA